AUGGAUGAUUGCCAUCCAGUCAACACUCCCAUGAUGACUGGUUGUAAGUUAUCUAAAUCUAAUGAUUCACCUGGUGUCAGUCAAUCAGAAUAUAGAUCAAUAAUUGGUAGCUUAUUGUACUUAACAACUUCUAGACCAUAUUUAAUGCAAGAUGUUUAUAUGGUUUCUAGAUUUCAAUAUGCACCUAAACAGUCCCAUCUUAAUGUUGUCAAAAGGAUUUUUAAAUACAUUCAGGGUACAAUAGGCUAUGGACUUUGGUAUCCUAAAAACAAUGAUUUUACAUUAAUGGCUUUCACUGAUGUUGAUUGGGCUAGUUGUUUAGAUGAAAAAAAAAGCACAAGUGGUGGUGCAUUUUUUCUCGAUGACUAUCUUGUGGCCUGGCAUAGCAAAAAGCAAGAUUCAGUUUCAUUGUCCACAACAGAGGCCGAAUAUAUUGCAACUACAUCUUGUUGUACUCAACUUCUCUGGAUGGCUCAAACACUUUCAGAUAUGGGUAUUAAUGUUGCUAAACCUAUUCCUAUACUUUGUGAUAAUACAAGUGCCAUUAACCUAUCUAAGAAUCUGGUUAUGCACUCUUGCACUAAGCAUAUAGCCAUUAAGUUUCAUUUUCUUCGUGAGAAAGUAUUGGCUAAUGAAGUUUUUGUGCAAUAUGUACCUACCCAAGCAUACGUGGCAUAUAUUUUUACAAAACCCUUGUCAAAAGAGGUGUUUGAACAGCUCAGAUCUAGGUUGGGAGUUGUCUCUCAAUCACUCCUUGUCUGA